GCGGCGGGAGCGGCGGCGGCUUCGCCUGCGCCAGCGGGUGGUAGAAAAUGGCGGAUUUUGAGGACUUACGGAAUAUGGUUUCUAGUUUUCGGGUUUCUGAACUACAAGUAUUAUUAGGCUUUGCUGGGCGUAAUAAAAGUGGACGCAAGCAUGACCUCCUGAUGAGGGCUUUGCAUUUAUUGAAGAGUGGCUGUAGCCCAGCAGUUCAGAUUAAAAUCAGAGAACUUUACAGACGGCGUUACCCACGAACAAUUGAAGGUCUUUCAGAUUUGUCCACGAUAAAACCAUCAGUUUUCAAUUUGGACAGUAGCUCAUCACCUGUGGAGUCUGACUUGACUGUUGCUGGGAUCCACUCAUUGCCUUCUACUUCGGUCACACCUCAGUCUCCUUCAUCUCCUGUUGGCUCAGUGGUCCUCCAAGAUACUAAGCCUUCAUUUGAGAUGCAGCAGCCAUCUCCCCCAAUUCCUCCUGUCCACCCUGAUGUUCAGCUGAAAAGCCUUCCCUUCUAUGAUGUUCUUGAUGUUCUUAUCAAACCUACAAGUUUAGUUCAGAGCAGUAUUCACAGAUUUCAAGAGAAGUUUUUUAUUUUUGCAUUGACACCUCAGCAAGUAAGAGAAAUAUGCAUUUCCAGGGAUUUUUUACCAGGUGGUAGAAGAGAUUACACUGUCCAAGUACAGCUAAGAUUGUGCCUAGCAGAGACUAGCUGCCCUCAAGAGGAUAAUUUUCCCAAUAGUCUGUGCAUAAAAGUAAAUGGGAAGCUGUUUCCUUUGCCAGGUUAUGCACCACCUCCAAAAAAUGGAAUUGAACAGAAACGCCAGGGACGCCCCUUGAAUAUUACAUCUCUAGUUAGGUUAUCUUCUGCUGUGCCAAACCAGAUUUCCAUUUGUUGGGCUUCUGAAAUUGGAAAGAAUUACUCCAUGUCUGUAUAUCUUGUACGACAGCUGACAUCAGCCAUGUUGUUACAGAGGUUAAAAAUGAAAGGUAUUCGAAACCCUGAUCAUUCCAGAGCACUAAUUAAAGAGAAGCUCACUGCAGAUCCUGACAGUGAGAUUGCUACAACCAGUCUUCGGGUAUCACUGAUGUGUCCUCUAGGAAAAAUGAGGCUGACAAUUCCAUGUCGUGCUGUGACAUGCACACAUCUACAAUGUUUUGAUGCUGCUCUUUACCUGCAAAUGAAUGAAAAGAAGCCUACCUGGAUUUGUCCUGUUUGUGACAAAAAGGCUGCCUAUGAAAGUCUAAUACUAGAUGGGCUCUUCAUGGAAAUUCUCAAUGAGUGUUCUGAUGUGGAUGAGAUUAAAUUUCAAGAAGAUGGUUCUUGGUGCCCAAUGAGACCGAAGAAAGAAGCCCUUAAAGUUUCAAGCCCGCAGUGUACAAAAAUAGAAAGUUCUAGUGUCCUCUCUAAACCCUGUUCAGUGACUGUGGCCAGUGAAACAAGCAAGAAGAAAGUAGAUGUUAUUGACUUAACAGUUGAGAGCUCUUCUGAUGAUGAAGAAGAGCCUCCUGCUAAAAGGAAAUGCAUAUUUAUGGCGGAGACACAAAGCAGCCCAACCAAAGGGGUUCUCAUGUACCAGCCAUCUACUGUCCGGGUGCCCAGUGUGACUACAGAUGCUGCUCUGCCACCUUCAUUAACAGAUUAUUCAGUACCAUUCCACCACACGCCAAUAUCAAGUAUUUCCUCAGAUUUGCCAGGUUUGGAUUUUCUUUCCCUAAUUCCAGUUGAUCCACAGCAGUACUGUCCUCCUAUGUUUUUGGAUAGUCUCUCUUCAACCCUGUCAACAAGCAGCACAGCUGGAAACAUCAUCACAUCCACAAGCCCACAGGAAAGCAGCACUCAUGUUACUUCAUCAGGCAGGAGUGAGACUGGGGUUAUAACCAGCAGUGGGAGCAACAUUCCAGACAUAAUCUCCUUGGACUAAAAAAAAAAAAAAAAGGAAAAAAAAAAAGAACUCAUUGAACUACAGAAAACAGCCAGUGCUGCUCUUUCUUGCAUCUCUGGUCCAUGGAAUCUAUUUUAUUGCCAGUUAGUUUGAUAUUUAUUGAAAAGACAAAUGGAUUCUGUUACCUUCUGGAAAUGGGGGAAAAAAAGAUUAUGUGCAGCAAGAAGUAAUUUAGCUUUGAAAGAUUUUUUUUCUUAUCCAUAAAAUACUCUUGAGUAUCAGAUAUAUUCAGCCACAUCUCCCAUCUUUUAAAAAAUGAUUUCAGUUUCUUAUGUUGCUGGAUUGAUUCUACAAACUGGUUACCUUUUGGUUGUAAUACACAGCAAUAAAAUUAUGUACAUAGUCAAAUAAACUUUUUUUUCUAAUAAAAGGCAAUUAACUUCUAGAAAAAAGUAUGGCUACACAGGCUGGGUGAGAGUCUGCUUUUGCUGAAUGAGUACUUUUCACAGAUCUAUCUGACUUUGACAUAAAGAAUCCUUGAGAAACAGUCCUUGCUUACUCUUAUAUUUAUGCUGUUAUAACUCUUUCUUUCUGUCCUCCAUCAAAGGAAAAUGACUCAUUUUCUCCCAGAUUGUCAUUAACACUGUAAUCUUGCUGAUGAAUGCAAAAUGAAAUUCUGGUAUUUGGAUACUUUUUAUUGUAUAGAGAAAUCACUAUGCAAAAUCUUUCUAGACACAAUGAUUUUCUUUUGGGGGAUCUAUGUUCCUGAUACCUCAUGCCACAUAUUUGGAGUUUUACUUAUUUUCUCAAAAAGUCAUACCAGGCAGCUCUUGACGGAAAAAAAAAUCCAACCACGACUUUCUUGAUGGAGUUAGUUGAUAUUGAUUGAACAUUAAACCAAGAUAUUUUCCCUUUGUGAAAAGUUUGGAGAGUGGCAGGGAUAUUGGGAGGUAUCGGGGAAAAAGAAAUCUUAUUUUGUUUGCAAAAGCUUAAUUUUCUCUUUUCAAUUUAUGUUAUAGGAUACAAAUACCCAUUGCCACAUUGUAAAAGGAAGGCCAAAUCAGCACUGAAACCUUUUAAAGUCUCCAGUCAUAUUUUUUUUCUGGCUCAAAGAAGCCAGUUUCCUGUAGGAUAGUUGCUUCUUUUUUACAGUUUAAACUAAUUCAAACAACCUUUUUUACUUGCUAAAUUUCGUACCCAUUACCUUUUUAAUUAACUUUCUUUGGAAUCAACAUC